AUGGCCGACGUCGAGAUGAAACCUGCCGACAAGGCGGCCAAGUCCAAGGAGCAAGAGGAGAAGAAGGAAGAAAAGAAGGAGCUGCCGCCUACACCUCUGCAGGAGAUCCGAGCGAACCUUGCGCUGAUCGAGCGCGGCGUGUCGACUCUCGAACCUCGCUUCACAAAUCGUGUCUUGCGGACGUUGACAUCCUUGAGGAAGAAGAUCACGGACGCGGUGUUGCUGGAAGUGAUCGAGGAUGUCUAUGCCAAAGUUCACGGCGGCGAUUGUGUAGAUGCCACUACGAAACAGGCACUAUUGUCUUGGCUACCGCCUUCAUCCGGCGAGGCAAUCAUGGAAGUCGACGCAUCCGCACCGGCAUCGACUGCUGCCAAGCCACAACCCUUAGAUCUCGUUCCAGAAAGCGAGAUAUACGUCCGCCUUCUCCUCAUCCACCACCUUCUGGCCGCUCCAGCUACCUACUCUAAAGCGUUGAAUCUCGCAAAAGAGACGGCACAGAAGAUCCAAGCUCUGAACCGACGGAGUAUGGACCCCAUCGCGGCGAAGGUCUGGUAUGCCGUCGAGAGGGCAUAUGAACUUACCGGAGAUCUAGCAGGCGCACGACCACUGUUCCUAGCAGCCCAGCGCACCGCUUCUCUCCGUCAGGACUCCGAGACCCUCGCGUCGCUCAUCAACCGUCUUUUGCGCUCCUAUGUACACUACUCCCUGUACGACCAGGCGGACAAGCUUGCGAGCAAGACCACCUUCCCCGCCAGCGCGGGCAACGUCCAGUUCGCCCGGUAUCACUACUACCUGGGCCGGAUACGUGCGGUCCAGCUGAACUAUAGCGACGCGCACGCCAAUUUACAGCAGGCGAUCAGGCGAGCCCCCCCUGCGAAGACUGCGCCUGGGUUCUACCAGGCGGUGCACAAGCUCAGCGUGGUCGUUGAGCUCUUGAUGGGCGAUAUCCCGGAGCGAGGUCUCUUCAGGCAUCCGGUGCUUGAGAAGGCUCUCGGCGCAUACUUUGAUAUUGUCAAAGCCGUCCGCGCCGGCUCGCUCUCCCAGUUUCAGACGACGCUGCAGACCCACGCCGCGCGGUUCGAAGAGGACAAGACGUACACGCUCGUGCUCCGCCUGCGGCAGAACGUGAUCAAGACGGGUAUCCGCCGCCUGUCGCUCUCGUACUCGCGCAUCUCGCUCCGUGACAUCUGCGUGAAGCUGCACCUGGACUCGGAGGAGGACGCGGAGUACAUCGUCGGGAAGGCGAUUCGGGACGGCGUGAUCGAGGGCCGGAUCGUGCACGAGAAGGGGUGGAUGGAGUGUCGGGGCGAGAAGCGCGGGUAUGGCGCCGAGGUCGGCGAGGCGUUCAGUCGGCGUAUCGGAGUGUGUCUCGAGCUGCAUAACCAGAGCGUUAAGGCGAUGCGCUACCCCCUCAAUGCGCACCGGAAGGAGCUUGCGGCUGCAGAGGGUGCGCGAGAGAGGGAGAAGGAGCUCGCGAAGGAACUCCAACAGGGCGACGACCUCGAUGAUGACGACAUGGACGAUAUGGCCGAUGAUUGA